AUGUUGAAGGUAGCGACGACUUUGAGAUUAGUCUCAAAACAUGGCAAUCAGGUACGCCUUUUGGCAACUGUCGCGGAUCACAAACAGGCACUCGUAAAUGUGCCUCCGACAAAGCUUACAGUACUUGAUAAUGGCAUACGUGUUGCCUCUGAAGAUUCCGGUGCACCCACCGCCACCGUAGGGCUAUGGAUCGACGCCGGUUCAAGGUACGAAACAUCCAAGAACAAUGGAGUUGCUCAUUUCCUUGAACACAUGGCUUUCAAAGGUACAAGCAAGAGGUCACAGACAGACUUAGAACUGCUAGUAGAAAACAUGGGAGCGCAUUUGAACGCCUACACAUCUCGGGAACAGACUGUGUUUUAUGCGAAAUGUCUCGCAAACGAUGUGCCAGCCGCUAUUGAAAUCCUUGCCGACAUCAUUCAAAACUCAUCACUCGCUGAACCCGAAAUCGAACGAGAACGUGGUGUUAUACUGCGCGAAAUGCAGGACGUCGAGAGCAAUUUGCAGGAAGUAGUAUUUGACCAUUUGCAUGCUACAGCCUUCCAGGGCACUCCCCUGGGCCAGACCAUCCUUGGACCGACCAAGAACAUCAAAAAAAUCUCGAAGGCUGACCUCCAGGCAUACAUUAAGAACCACUACCAACCAAGUCGUAUUGUCCUCUCAGGAGCUGGUGGGGUUCAGCAUGAGAAGUUGGUUGAUCUAGCUAACAAACACUUCAGUGGACUAAAAAACACAGCACAAGCAAUUGAGAUACCACCUUGCCGUUACACUGGUUCUGAAAUCCGUGUUAGAGAUGAUUCAAUGCCCCUUGCGCACGUAGCUGUUGCAGUAGAGGGUGCAGGUUGGACAGAUGCUGAUAACAUUCCCCUAAUGGUGGCCAAUACUUUGAUUGGAGCAUGGGACCGCUCUCAGGGUGGUGGUGGCAACAAUGCCUCAUACCUCGCACGUGCAGCAUCUUCGGAUAACCUCUGCCAUAGUUUCCAGUCUUUCAACACGUGCUACAAAGACACUGGACUAUGGGGCAUCUACUUUGUGUCUGAGCCUUUGCAAAUUGAGGAUAUGCUUUUCAAUAUUCAGAAGGAAUGGAUGAAACUUUGCACGACAGUUACUGAGGGAGAGGUGGAGCGUGCAAAGAACUUGUUGAAGACAAACAUGCUUCUUCAGCUGGAUGGCACCACCCCUGUCUGCGAGGACAUUGGCCGCCAGAUGCUCUGCUACAAUAGACGUAUCCCGAUCCAUGAGCUCGAUGCCCGCAUCAACUCUGUGACAGUCCAGAACGUCCGUGACGUCUGCUUCAAGUACUUGUUUGACCGCUGCCCUGCAGUUGCAGCUGUAGGACCAGUUGAAGGUCUACCUGAGUACACUAGAAUUCGUGGAGGAAUGUUUUGGGCCAGAGUGUAAUUUGCUGUAGUAUAAUUUUAGAGUUCGUAUUUAAAUCAGUGAUUAAGAAAACAUAAAACACAUUAAAAACUUCACUCAAUGUCUGUUGUUUUAUUCAAAUAAAACAAUGUUUUUGGUGUACUGUGUAUUUAUUAUAGCAAAUUAAGUUAAUAAAAUGUGUAAAUAAACCAAUCUGUUUUUA